GAGUAGAGCACAAAGAACAACACUGCCAGCAAUUCUCAUGCAGAUCAACGAUUGCUUACAUUUAGCAUUUGUGAAUUCCGUUCUGGUAAACCGAACUUAUGUACCUACAUCGAAAACCAAUUUAGAGUUUAAGUCUCUAAGCGCAGAUCAGCGUCCGAAUAUCUGGAAACCUCAAGAGCGUGCGCGAUUGUACUGUGCUGGCAGAAAGCUUCAAGUGUUGAUCUCAGCUGUUGCUGUAUUGUAUGGAUCCGCUUAAGUCUUCUUUACUUGUUGUUGCGAUCUUGGCUAGUUCCGUCGCCACUGUGCACGGUCAGGGUUUUAGAAAGAAAGGAUGGCAGUGUGAGAAGAUAAAUGCCCCACUUUGUAGUAACAUGGGUUACAACGUGACACGAAUACCAAACAUGCUCGGCCAUGAGACUCAGAAAGAAGCCGAAGUACAAUUCAAACAGUUUCUUCCUCUGAUUAAUUUCAAUUGUGCGAGUCAGUUGCAGUUCUUUUUGUGCUCGGCAUAUUUCCCGAUGUGUACCGAAAUGGUGGACGUUUUGAUCACAUCCUGCAGGCCAUUGUGCGAGUACGUUCGCAAGCAGUGUUUACAUGUGUUGGCCGAGUUCGGUAUUCCGUGGCCCGCGAAACUCAACUGCACCAAGUUCUUGGAGAGAAACGACGGCCAAAGGAUGUGUAUGACAGGACCGAAUUUUACUGAAGAUGCCAGCCCAAAACCUCCUCUCAUAAGAAGCACAGGCAUAAAACAGAACGGCACGCGUACAGUGACACCAGCGGGAGCGACAUACACUGGUUCGGAAGAGUGCAGGAAAUUUAAAAAUAGCGUCAAUUACUAUUAUGUAGAGAGCACAAGAUCAUGUGCAGUGUUUUGUAAUCAAGAAGGUAUUUUUAAAACAUCGGACAAAGAAAAGAUGGACAAGUGGAUGGCGGUUUGGUCUAUAUUGUGUUUAGUGUCGACUCUUUCCGUUCUGUGCACGUUCUUUGUGGAUACAGUGAGGUUCAAGUAUCCGGAACGAUCGAUAAUAUGGCUUGCUCUUUGUUACCUUCUUUACUCGAUUUCGUUCAUCGUUCGUUUAGCAGCUGGUCGAGAGGCGAUCUCUUGUGAUCGUGAGUACAACACGCCUAAAUUUCUCAUUCAAGACGGUCGUCGAAAUACCGGAUGUGCCGUUGUGUUUCUUGUACAGUAUUUCUUUAGCAUGGCCGCGACAAUUUGGUGGGUUAUUUUGGCGCUAACGUGGUUUCUGGCUGCCGGAAUGAAAUGGGGCUACGAAGCCAUCGGUUCGUAUUCCAACCUCUUUCAUGUAAUCGCCUGGUCUUUGCCUUGUAUCAAAACAAUAUUUAUCUUCAUAACUGGCAAAAUAGACGGCGAUGAGUUGACCGGACUAUGCUUUGUUGGGAAUCAAGAUUUGAUCGCGCUUGCCGCGUUUGUUUUGGGGCCACAGUUUACAUAUCUUAUUAUCGGAACACUGUUUCUAAUCGCCGGAUUCGUCGGCCUGUUUCGAAUCCGCGCGACCGUACAACGUGAUGGAAACACAAAAAGCGAGACGAACAAACUGGAAAGACUGAUCGUUCGUCUGGGAAUAUUUGCGGUAUUUUCAACUGUGCCGGCAACCGCUGUUAUUGCCUGUUACUUUUACGAGUAUGCAAAUAAAGAAUAUUGGUUUUACGGCAAACGGGAUAAUAGAAUCGCCGAACCAAAUCUGAGCAUUUUCAUGCUGAAACUUUUCAUGUCAUUGUUCGUUGGAACAAUUUCGGGAAUAUGGAUCUGGUCACCGAAAACUCUGCAAUCGUGGAAAAAGGUUUACUAUGUGUUAACCGGGAAAAGGCCCCCACGACCACAGACGCAAAGGAAUGGCGGGCACUCCAACGAAACAACAGUUUGAAUGUCGCUCCAGGAGCACCUGUCAGACAAUUUACUUCAACAAAUGCGAUAGAAGUAUAUUUUAUCCUUCCCAAUUCACGUCAAGUUCGCGUUUGUUUGUCUUUUGUUCACUUUUGUGGCGAAGACGAAAUCAGUAUGAAGGGUCAGGCUUUUCUUAGCUGUAACACACUCAGCUGGUUGCUAACAAUUAGCACCUAAUUUGCAAUCUGAAUGCAGCGAGCGAAAAUCUAUUUUGUACAUGGACCAAAAACAACACUGUUAUCGAAAGCGUUCUUACUAAGCUCGAGCUUGCUGUUGUUGCGUACUCUUUACAGAAGUUUAGAUUUAAAUGAUAUGUAUGUAUUUUGAUUGUCGCCAAAGAUCUUACUGUCACUUUACAAGGUUUAUUCAAUCUAUGAUUGCUGUGAAUUUGCUACCAAAGUUCUGAUGACUAGGAAAUUUUACUACUGUUAGUACCUUUCAAUUGGAUACCCCAUAGGUUGUCCUCAUAAACUUCUAAAGUAAGGUUGCAUUUCGUUUCGUGCGUUGAUUUCUAUAUUUAUGUAUAUAACAAUCGAAAAUGAAGUUGUAAACAAAGAUUAUUUUAAAAGGCUUUGAGAAUCA